AUGGACAAGGUGACCAAUGUCCGUAACAUGUCUGUGAUUGCUCACGUUGAUCAUGGUAAAUCUACCUUGACAGAUUCCUUGGUCUCGAAAGCAGGUAUCAUCUCCAGUGGUCGUGCAGGUGAAGCUCGGUUCAUGGACACCCGUAAAGAUGAACAGGAACGAGGUAUCACUAUCAAAUCCACAGCCAUCUCCAUGUACUUUCAAAUGGAAAACGAACAAGACUUGAGCGAAAUCAAGGGUCAAAAGACAGACGGGCGUGCUUUCUUGAUCAACUUGAUUGACUCGCCUGGUCAUGUUGAUUUCUCUUCCGAAGUCACUGCUGCGCUUCGUGUAACCGAUGGUGCAUUGGUCGUUGUUGACUGUAUUGAUGGUGUUUGUGUUCAGACAGAAACUGUCUUGAGACAAGCUUUGAAUGAACGCAUUAAGCCGGUCAUUUGUCUGAACAAGGUGGAUCGUGCUCUUUUAGAACUUCAGUUGGAUAAAGAAGAACUCUAUAAUUCUUUUGCUCGUACGGUGGAAUCUGUCAAUGUGAUCAUUUCUACCUAUGUGGAUGAAGCCUUGGGUGAUUGUCAAGUCUAUCCUGAAAAGGGCACAGUGGCUUUUGCUUCUGGUCUUCAUGGCUGGGGAUUUACACUACGUCAGUUUGCUAACCGUUAUGCAAAGAAAUUCGGUGUCGACAAGAACAAGAUGAUGUCUAAACUCUGGGGUGAAAACUACUUUAAUCCCAAAACCAAGAAAUGGACUACCAAAUCCGUCGAUGCUGAAGGUAAACCACUUGAACGCGCCUUCAACAUGUUUGUCUUGGACCCCAUCUAUCGUCUGUUCGAUGCCAUCAUGAACUUCAAAAAAGACCAAACCUCUACACUGUUGGACAAACUCGAGAUUUCUCUUGCGAAUGACGAAAAGGACUUGGAAGGCAAAUCGUUACUCAAGGUCGUGAUGCGUAAAUUCUUGCCUGCUGGUGACGCCUUGUUGGAAAUGAUCUGUAUUCAUCUACCUUCGCCUGUGACUUCACAAGCCUAUCGCUGUGCUCAGCUGUAUGAAGGUCCUAUUGACGAUGAAUGCGCUGUGGGUAUUCGUGCUUGUGAUCCUCACGGUCCUCUGAUGCUCUAUGUCUCCAAGAUGGUACCUACUUCUGACAAAGGUCGAUUCUAUGCCUUUGGUCGUGUCUUUUCCGGUACCGUUCGUGCAGGUAUGAAGGUCCGUAUUCAAGGUCCCAACUAUGUCCCUGGUCAAAAGAAUGAUCUGGCCAUCAAGUCCAUUCAACGCACAGUGCUUAUGAUGGGUCGUAAUGUCGAAGCCAUUGAUGAUUGUCCUGCAGGCAACAUUAUUGGUCUUGUCGGUGUCGAUCAAUUCUUGGUUAAGUCAGGCACUAUCACGACCUCUGAAACUGCGCAUAACAUGAAGGUCAUGAAAUUUUCUGUCUCGCCUGUCGUCCAAGUCGCUGUCGAUGUCAAGAACGCUAAUGACUUACCCAAGUUGGUCGAAGGUCUCAAACGGUUAGCCAAAUCCGAUCCUUGUGUUUUGACAUUCACGUCGGAUUCAGGCGAACACAUUGUCGCUGGUGCGGGUGAACUUCAUUUAGAGAUUUGUCUGAAGGAUCUGGAAGAAGAUCAUGCUCAAGUACCUCUCAAGACAGGUGAUCCUGUGGUUCCUUACUGUGAAACGGUCACGGCUGAAUCCAGCAUUGACUGUCUAAGCAAGUCGCCUAAUAAACACAACCGUAUCUACAUGCGCGCCUUGCCUCUGGACCCUGACCUGGCUAACGAUAUCGAAAGCGGUAAAGUCUCUGCCAAAGAAGACUUCAAGACCCGUGCUCGUGCGCUUGCUGAUCAGUACGAAUGGGAUGUCACUGAAGCACGCAAGAUUUGGUGUUUUGGUCCUGAUGGCACAGGUCCUAAUGUGAUGGUCGAUGUCACCAAGCAAGUACAAUAUCUAGGUGAAAUUAAGGACUCCUGUGUCGCUGCUUUCCAGUGGGCUACUAAAGAAGGACCCUUGGCCGAUGAAAACUUGCGUGGAUGUCGAUUCAAUCUGUUGGAUGUCACUUUACAUGCCGAUGCUAUCCAUCGUGGCGGUGGUCAGAUCAUUCCUACUUGUCGUCGUGUGAUCUAUGCGUCAGUCUUAACAGCCACACCGGGUAUUCAAGAGCCCAUGUAUCUGGUCGAGAUCCAGUGUCCUGAAUCAGCCAUCGGUGGCAUCUACUCGUGUCUGAAUCGUCGUCGUGGUACUGUCUUUUCAGAAGAACAAAAAAUCGGUACACCCAUGAUGACCGUCAAGGCGCAUUUACCUGUGAAUGAAUCGUUUGGUUUCACAGGCGAUCUUCGUGCAGCCACAUCAGGCCAAGCCUUUCCUCAAGCUGUGUUUGAUCACUGGGCAUCCAUGUCAGGCAACCCUUUGGAACCAGGCAACAAGGUCUAUGAUAUUAUUCGAAAUGUACGUAUCCGAAAAGGAUUGACGCCUGAUAUUCCUGGCUUGGAUAAAUAUUAUGAUAAACUAUAA